AUGCGAUCCAAGCUUCGCACAAGGUAUGUUCCUGCUUAUUAUCAGAGAGACUUACAUAAACGUUUUCGUAAAUUGUCUCAGGGAACGCGGACUGUAGAAGAGUACUAUGAGGAGUUUGAGUCCCUCAGGAACAAGCUCAAGACACGCGAGACGCAAGAGACCCUGAUGGCUCAGUUCAUGGAUGGGUUGCAAGACCGCAUUGCCCGAAAGGUGGAGCGCCAGCAGUAUGAGACCUUCCACAACCUGCUUCACUUUGCCGUCCAGGCCGAACAACACAUCAAAAGGAAGAACGCGUCCACUGCCAGAGGCAAAGGAACCUGGACGCAACCGGCUUCCAAAGGAGUGGACAAGGGCAAGUCCGUGGAUGAGGAGAACCGGUUCAAGAAAAAUCAGACUGAACCGUCCAAGUCUGGUCCAUCCGACCAGGGUAAGACCCAAGGUCAAAAUCAACGUACCCGUGACAUUACUUGUUUUAAAUGUCAGGGAAAGGGACACUAUGCCAGAGAUUGCCCCAACAAGCGUGUAAUGAUCCUCAAGGCUGAUGGUGAGUAUGAAUCCCAAGACGAGGCCGAAGUUGAGACCAUGGUUUCUGAUGAAGAGGUAGUCAAUUAUGCUGAGACCGGAGAGCUACUGGUUACCAGACGAUCUCUCAGUGCCGUCUUCGAUCCUGAAACCGUGCAAAGAGAAAACAUCUUUCAUACAAGAUGUAGCGUGGAACAAAAGGUAUGUAGCUUGAUCAUAGAUGGUGGUUCUUGUACUAACGUGGCCAGCAAGUAUCUUGUUGAUACGCUAGGUUUGGCCAAGACGCCCCAUCCGCGGCCAUAUCGGCUCAAGUGGCUCAAUGAUGAGACUGAGCUCAGGAUAGCCGAGCAAGUGGUUGUGUCUUUCAGUAUUGGUAAAUACCAUGAUCAGGUCAAGUGUGACGUUGUGCCUAUGCAAGCCGGCCACAUACUUCUAGGACGGCCAUGGCAGUUCGAUAAGGAGACCAUUCAUCAUGGCCGGACCAAUGUCUAUAGCUUCAGCCACAACAACAAGAAGCACAGCCUAGCACCUCUAAGUCCUCAAGAGGUUUAUGAGAUGCAGCAAGCAAUGGAUCAUGCCAGCAAGGUGCUGCUAAUGGUCUUUAGAGAAAGUUGUUUUGCAGGGAUUGAGGCCACGGAGUUACCAGCCGAAGUACAAGGCCUCAUGGAGCAAUACAAGGACGUCUUUCCUGAUGAGAUCCCAGCCGGCCUACCUCCUAUCCGAGGCAUAGAACAUCAGAUCGAUUUUGUGCCAGGCGCACCCUUGCCAAACCGAGCGGCCUACCGAGUUAAUCCAGUAGAAGCCAAGGAGUUGGAGAGACAGGUCCAAGACCUCAUGGAUAAGGGUUACAUCCGGGAGAGUCUUAGUCCGUGUGCUGUUCCGAUUGAUCUCAGGAGUGGAUACCACCAAGUUCGAAUGAAGGAGGGAGACGAGUGGAAGACAGCCUUCAAGACCAAGCAAGGUCUAUACGAAUGGCUGGUCAUGCCGUUUGGCCUCACCAACGCCCCCAGCACCUUCAUGAGACUCAUGAACCAGGUUCUUCGACCUUUCAUAGGGAAAUUUGUGGUUGUGUACUUUGAUGACAUACUGAUCUAUAGCCGCUGCUUAGAUGAGCACCUUAGACACCUUGAACAAGUGAUCAAAGUUCUUAGGCAAGAAGGCCUUUAUGCCAACUUAAAGAAAUGUGUGUUUUGCACUGAUGAAUUGGUAUUUUUAGGUUUUGUUGUUAGUUCACAGGGCCUGAAGGUAGAUGAAGAGAAGAUCAAGGCGAUCCAUGACUGGCAUACACCUACCACCAUUGGCCAUGUUCGCAGUUUCCACGGCCUGGCCAGUUUCUAUCGGCGGUUCGUCAAGGAUUUCAGCACCAUAGCCGCUGCCUUGACCUCUGUGAUCAAGAAAAACGUAUCCUUUAUUUGGGGACCAGCCCAAGAAGAGUCUUUUAACAAGCUUAAAUAUAGUUUGACUCAUGCACCAGUCCUUACUCUGCCUAACUUCGAUAAAACUUUUGAGAUUGAAAGUGAUGCUUCAGGUACAGAUCAUGAGACGCUUACACACCUAAGAGGACAGACCACACUCAAGAGGAGGCACGCCAGAUGGUUGGAGUUUGUGGAGACUUUUCCUUAUGUGAUUAAGUAUAAGAAGGGCACAGAUAAUGUGGUGGCUGAUGCCCUAUCCCGGAGAAAUACUCUUAUCUCGACCAUGGAAGCUAAGAUCAUGGGUUUUGAAUUCAUUAAUGAUUCUUAUGCUACUGACCUUGAUUUUCAAGAAGCUUUCAGGAACACCACACAAGGAGCAUUCGAUGUUUAUUACCAUCAUGAAGGUUUCUUGUUCAAAGAAAAGAAGUUAUGCAUUCCCAAAGGCUCGAUGAGGGAAUUGCUGGUUCGGGAGGCUCAUGGUGGCGGCCUCAUGGGACAUUUCGGCCGAGACAAGACCCUAAGUGUCCUGACCGACCAUUUCUUUUGGCCGAACAUGAAACGAGAUGUGGAGAACCUAUGCGCCAAAUGCACUGUCUGUCUAAGGACAAAAUCCAGGUCACAUCCUUAUGGUCUACACAUGCCAUUACCUAUUCCUAACCACCCUUGGCCUGAGACGCCUUUGGACAUGUCCGAACUGCCAAAGUCUAUGUUCCGCAGCCGAGAAGGUGCAACUAAGGCCGAGUUCGUUAAGAACAUGCAUCGGAGGGUUCGAGAGAAGUUAAAGGCAAAGGCGGCCAAGGUCAAAGCUCGUCUCGACCAGAAGAGAAAGGAGGUGUUGUUUGAACCAGGCAACUUUGUGUGGUUACACAUGAGGCCAGAGCGUUUUCCAGAAGAAAGGAAGACCAAACUGUCACCCCGAGGCACUGGGCCGUUCUGGGUCCUUGAGAAGAUCAAUGACAAUGCUUACAAGCUUGAGCUUCCAGAUAAUGGUGUUCUAAGGCCAGAACCUUUUCAAGGGGGAGGGAAUGAUGCGGCAUUCCAGGUACAGGUUCCCGUAGUUACUAGUGGUCCAACUACCCGGAGUGGAGCCAAGGCCAUAAGACUUGGGUUUUCUAAAGCUGUCCAACAAAUCCUUGAUCAAGAUGAAGAGCUGCUGAUUGAAGAGAUGGUCCAAUUGAAGAUGCAAGAUCCAGCCGGUCCAAUAGAGGUUCAAGAUCAAGCCGGUUCCCUCCAAUUCAGAUCACUCGGCCAGAACCAAACCGGCCUAACCAUCUCUACAUGUGAUCUCGGUUCAGAUACCUCCCCAAGCUCAGCCGGUUCUGAGUAA